AUGGAGUUGCAAAGUAUCUGGAAUGCAACCUAUGAUUAUCAACCCAAUUUCCUUCAUGAAAUGCCUUACCAUAUUAAGCAACCAUUAUGCACAAUAUUGGAUAAUACUGAUGAUGUCAAGCACAAUUGGCAAGUACUCGUCCAAGCUGUAAAAAAGUAUCAAAUAAGUAAUGCCCAACUCAACGAAUUACAUCGAUCUCCAGAUCCUGCUUAUGGAAUACUACGUUAUUAUGGUUCUCAAUUGAUGACGGUUGAUGAAUUGUUUUCCUACUUAUCAAGUAUUGAAAAUCAAGAUGCCUGUAAAGAAUUACUAAACUACUAUCCUAUUAUUUUUGCCGUCCAGCCAAAAUCAAAGCCUAUAAGAAUACAUCGAGGGCGUAAUUUAACUCUAGAAUGCAUUGCUCAAAGCAACGAAGGCGUAAUUCGAUAUCAGUGGUAUAAAGAUGGCAUUGCAUCGCAAUAUAAUAUCAGUAAAUUAGAAAUACGUAAUGGUGAUCAUACUUACAACGGAGAGUAUUUAUGUAUCGUGUCAAAUGGAAAAAUCAUGAGACGCUCCCGGAGUACCUACGUCGAAUUUAUUUCCGAUAGUGGAAGAAAUCCAGUUCUCUUUGAUGAUUAUGGUUAG